GCAUGUCACAACAUGAUCAACCGCCGAAGGAUGGAGAUCUCUACGAUCAGCCACCGCCAGUAGCGCCGGGGAAGCAAGCAGACAGCCAACUCUACGAUCAACCGCCACCAGCUGACGAAAAGGAGAAUAAAGGAAAACAACAAGCUAAGAAACCAGCCGAGAAAAACGGGGAUUAUGAGGUCAUCACUGAUGAAGAAAUUAACUCGAUAAUUCUGUCGGUCAAACCAAAGCAAAAACCAACGGGUAAGCAAAAGGAAAAGAAAAAAGAAAAGCAACAUGGCAAAUCUGACACUCCAAAGCGUCAGACUGCAUCUGCUCCAAAGAAACCCUCUAAGGAGAAUGCUGAUGUGGAAAAACCUGCCAAAGCACAACAAACAGCUCCUCAGCCAAAACCGAAAAAGAGCGUGAAGGUAAAGAGCAAAUGUGGCAUCGUAUCUUCGGUCAUUCUGACGCUUCUGACUCUUGUGCUUGCUAUAGUCACUUCACUGGCGGCAUUUUGCCAAUUAGAAGAGACGAUUCCAAAAGAAUAUCCGUGGUUCUAA